AUGGCUACCACAAAGGACGAGGUUGCCGUCGUAGAGGCGCAGCCGCAACACCAGCGCCUAUCAACAUGGCGAUACAACUCGCCAUUCGUUCAAACCAUCAUCGUCGGCUUCGUGCUGUUCUGUAACCCGGGCACAUACCUCGCCAUCACCGGCCUGGGCGCCGGAGGCAAGCAGCCCCAGCUGAUUGGCAUCGUCAACAAGGCAAACGUCGUUCUCUACUGCUUGUUCGGAGCAUCUGGCAUUCUGGGCGGUAGCAUCAUCAACAAGAUUGGACCGCGAUGGGCGCUGAUGAUUGGUGCCACCGGCUACCCAAUGUACGCCGGGUCUCUCUGGUGGAUUGACAAGGCUCAAGGAAGCUGGUUUGUGGUCUUUGGCGGUGCUUGGCUGGGUCUGUCUGCAGGUCUUCUCUGGUCGACUCAAGGUUACAUCACCACUUGCUAUCCUACCGAGGCGGAAAAGGGAAAAUACAUUGCCACCUCCUGGGUUCUCAACGCCAUGGGCUCCGUCGUUGGAGCAGCCAUCGUCUUGGGUGUCACCAUCAACAACACGUCCGUCUCCGGAGUGCCUUCAUCCGUCUACAUCAUCUUCAUCUGCCUCGAGUGCGCCGGUCUCUUGAUUGCCGGCCUGCUGCUGGACCCCUCUAAGCUUCGACGCAAUGACGGCCGCCCAAUUGCUUCCUUCACGCCUCUUCCCUGGUACCAGGAGCUCAAGGCGCUCGGCCUGACCAUGCUGGAGCCCAAGAUGGCGCUCAUCACUCUGUCCAUCUACAGCAGCGAGAUGUACCUGUCGUUGACGGGAGCCUUUAACGCGUGGUACUUUAACGCCAGAACACGAUCCCUAGCCAAUUUCUGCUACUGGAUCUUCCAAGUCCUGGGAGCCCUCGCCAUUGCCUGGAUCUGCGAUGCCAAAAUCUUUGGAUCGCGCCGACGCCGAGCCUUUGCGGCCGGAGCAUUCGUGGCCUUUGUCAUUGGAGGAACCUGGAUUGCCAUGAUCUCGUUCCUGUCAGUCAACGACAUUAACCGAAGCCAGACCCCGCGAGCUGUUGACUGGACCGAGACGAGCAAGUUUGCCGGCCCCUUUGUCAUUUACAUCCUGUUUGGAGCCUGCUACCCCAUCUUCCAAAACUUCCACCACUGGACAUACAGUACCUUUUCCAACGAGCCCCAUGUUCUGGGACGCUACAGCGGUUACUUUAAGGGAUUCCAGGCGUUUGGCACGGCAACGGCCUUUGGAAUCGACACUCACGGCGUGCAGUUUAUCAGGGAGGCGGGCGCCUACUUUGGCAUGAUGAUUGUGGGAUUAGGCCUCACCAUGGUUGCCAUCUACCUAUACACGACGGAUACCAAGUACGGACAAGAAGAGGGUGUUGUGAUUCCCGAGGCAUUUGAGGAUGUCGUUGAGGAGCACGAGCACGACCACGACCACGAUCAUGCCCACGACAAGGCCGUUGACCAGAGCGAGUCGGCGGGCUCACAGAAGGAGUAA